GAAAAAGGGAAUCGUUGGGUUAAAAAGAACAAAAAAAGAAUAUUUGGGUUUUUGGAUGGGACUUUUAUUUUCGGAUUUACCCCCUAAAAAGAUAUAGAGAACUUCUUUGCCCUUAUCCAUAUAUAUAUGAAGAAAGAACAUAAUUUCCCCUUUUAGUCUUGAGCAGCAUUUUUUAUUUCCUUCAACACGUAUGCUGCAGAGUGCAUCAGCUCGAAUUCUCUACUCCGGUCAGCUCGAAUUCUCUACUCAUGUCGGCGCUAACAGAUGUUUUAGGUACUGGGAAGAACGAGAACUUGAUAAGUGACCUUCCAGAUGAUAUUUUGGUUUCAAUUCUCUCACUUCUACCCACAAAAGAUGCUACAAGGACGAGCCUUCUGUCGCGAAGGUGGAGGAAUCUUUACAAAUUCAUAUCGAAGAUCGAGUUAAGUUGUCGCUGCCUUUUAGGUCUUAGUUCUGCCGGUCUGAACCCUCAUAAUUCCGAACCAAUCAUGGAUGCAUUGGAUAGAUUUUUUAGGCUUCGUUCGGAUUCUAAGAUCCGUUCCUUCCGAUUAUCGUGUUGUUUAUAUGAAUCAGUCACUGAUCGAUUCGAGCAGUUCAUUUCUUCUCUCGAACUAUUGGGCGUUGAAAAGAUCCGUAUAAAAUGCUGUUGUUCUCCGUCUAUUAGCGAUCUUUCUUUUUCUUGUCACCUUUUCUCGAAAAUGCCAUCCUUGAAGAAAUUCGGAUUGAGAAACUGCUCGUUGCAGCCAAGCUUGGGAAGUCAUUCUAAUGAUUCCCUUCGAAUUAUUGCGCUUAUGCAUGUUACAGUUUCUGAUGGUGCCGUAGAGUGCAUUUUGUCCAAUUGUUCGAGCCUCCAAUCGUUGACGAUGACUAGAUGCCAUUUUUCUUCGAAGUUAAGCUUUUGUGGUCCCAAUCUAGAAUUGAAUUCUCUUUAUAUAAGGGAGUGUGGCGGUAUAGAGGAGAUCGAGUUCUAUGCCAGUAAUCUCGUUGUAUUCGAGUUUUGGAAUUUUAAAUUGGCUGACCUGAAAUUCGAUCAUGUUCCUCGGCUGCAGAGUAUUUUUCUUUAUAUAUUUUCAGAAAAUAUUGUUCCCUUUAUUUUUGGGAGACUUGCAGUAGAUGUGCCAUGCCUGAAAUCGUUGAAUUUUGUUACUAUGCACGAUCAUUUUCAGGAGAGCAACAGGCGUAUGAGGACUAACAUGUUCAACAACCUCAGGCGAUUAGAUAUCGACAUGCGUUUCGUACCAGAAUCCGAUCUUCGUUUGCUGACUUCAAUUUUGCAAAGUUGUCCCCUCCUAAAGGAGUUUCACCUAUCUGCAACCUACAGGGGUGAAGGACCACCAGUGGAAAAACAGGCCAUAGUAUUUCAUUCCGAGCUAAAGAAGAUGGAAAUCAGUGGAUUUCGUGGGGCGGAAUACGAGAUCGAGUUUGCCUUGUACAUCCUCAAAAGUGCAAUAAACCUCGAGAAAAUGCAGAUAAGUGCGUGUUUUAAGGUAUACUGGGGAGUAUAUGAGGGACCUAGCAGUUGGUUUGAGAUGAAUGCAGAGCCGUGGACUGAAAAGGUACGUGCAAAUAUUCGUGGGAAAUUACAAGGACAAGCUGUUUCCAAGACUGCACAACUCAGUCUUCAACACAAACCCCAUUUCGAAGAUUAAUAUGUAAAGAAAAUGAGAAAUAGGUAAAAUUUCUUUUCGAUCCACUUGAAACAGAUUUAGCGGGUAAAAUCUCGUUGGAUGUUUAGUAUUCGUCGAUGGAGGGUAAAGUUUGUCCAAAUUUGUAAGUAGAAACAUGGUUUUGAAGUGAUCAAAUUCUUAUGAUGAGUACUCUAUUCAAGUUUCACAUACACUGAACUGUAUAUAUAGUUUGUGUUUUUUUUGCAUUGA